GAAGAGCGGGUGGUCCCUAAAUGUCACUUAGAUCUAGGGGUCGAUUGUGUAACUUUUUCUAAAAAAAAAUUACACAAUCGACCCCCUAAUCCUUUGAUUCAUCUAGUUCCAUAAAUGUGGAUCUACUGAGGUCUGGGGUCCUGGGUAGACUCAAACCUCUGUUACGCUUACUCUUUGCCUCAGGACUCAGGCAAGUUUAGCGACACAGCGUGCACGGUUAUCCGACACCCUUUGACUAUGGAUGAUUGGAAAGCACUGGGGCUUGUGGACACGCUAUGCAAUACAUGCAUUCAAUUAAAAUGGAAAGAACCUACGAGUAUUCAACAAGAAGCCAUUCCUUUGGUACUUCAAGGCAAGGAUGUGAUAGGAUUAGCAGAGACUGGAUCAGGAAAAACUGCUGCUUUUGCAUUGCCUAUAUUGCAAGCAUUAUUGGAGAAUCCUCAAAGAUAUUUUGCACUUGUACUGACACCUACGAGAGAACUGGCCUUCCAGAUUUCAGAGCAAUUUGAAGCGCUAGGUUCCAGCAUAGGUGUAAAAUGCGUAGUGAUAGUAGGUGGAAUGGACAUGCAUGCGCAGGGACUACUAUUAGAGAAAAAGCCUCACAUCAUUAUCGCUACACCUGGUAGAUUAGUCGAUCACUUGGAGAAUACAAAAGGCUUCAAUUUACGGCAAUUAAAAUUUCUAGUAAUGGAUGAGGCAGAUCGUAUCUUGAACAUGGAUUUUGAGGUGGAGGUUGAUAAGAUUCUCAGAGUUAUUCCGCGAGAAAGGAAGACCUUAUUAUUCUCCGCAACCAUGACGAAGAAGGUGCAAAAGCUGCAACGUGCGUCUUUGCGAAAUCCCGUGAAAGUCGAAAUGUCCACCAAGUAUCAAACUGUAGAAAAGCUGCAGCAAUAUUACAUAUUUAUUCCAGUGAAAUUCAAGAAUGUGUACCUGGUGCAUAUCUUGAACGAACUGGCGGGCAACAGUUUCAUGAUAUUCUGCGGAACCUGCAACAACACCGUAAGAACUGCUCUAUUAUUGCGGAACUUAGGAUUCACGGCGGUUCCUUUGCACGGGCAAAUGUCGCAAAACAAGAGAAUCGCCGCGCUGACAAAAUUUAAAGCGAAGAAUAGAUCCAUACUAAUUUCAACAGAUGUUGCCAGCAGAGGGCUCGAUAUUCCGCACGUGGACAUCGUUAUCAAUUUUGAUAUACCAACGCACAGCAAGGAUUAUAUUCACAGAGUGGGUCGGACAGCGCGUGCAGGUCGAUCCGGUCGUUCGAUCACCUUUGUUACGCAAUACGAUGUCGAGCUGUAUCAGCGAAUAGAACAGUUGAUAUCGAAGCAGCUGCCAUUGUAUUCAACAGAGGAGGAAGAGGUGAUGUUACUGCAGGAAAGAGUGAGCGAAGCACAGCGAAUAGUAAAAAUGGAUAUGAAAAAUAUCGAAGAGAAUAAAAAAUCAGGUAAACGUAAGCGCGGCGCCGGCAAUGAGGACGACGAUACGGAACAGUCUCUCGGGGUGAGAAAAAGGAUGAAAGCGAAGAGUAAAAGAAAAUGAGAAUGCUAGAUAUUGUAAAGUAUGUUAUUACAAUGAUAUAUUAAUUUUAUUUUAAUAAAGUCCCUUUUCUUUCUACGA